ACAACCUCAAACACUUAUUAACACCUGAAUAAUAUCACAGUUUAUUUUUUAGAAAUGUAAUUAUAUUGGAGGUCAAAUGGUUAGGCAGAAAGCUGAGGUUCCUUCCGAGUAUCACAUGCUUCAUCCCUGGGCCUUCAGAGAAUUAAAAUCAGGAUAAAAUCAAGUUUAGCAAUUUGUGAGCCAGGUAAAAUGUAUCAUGUCUCUAAAUUAAUUUAGAAACUAUCAAUUAAAGACAUGUUUAAAGAUACAUAAGUGUCAAAGAUGCUUUGGAAAAAUGUAUUCUCAAAAGUGCUAUGGGGAAACUACAUGGGGAGCUAAAGCAGUAAACAAAACAUCAAAUUCAUCUAAAUAUAUCUGAUCAAUAAUGAUACUUCUUGUUUUGAACUGGCAAUAUGAGCUGUGGAGUUGUCUGUUGAUUGACAGGUUUGUCAUAGUUUGAAUGUUUGCAUAAGCCACACCCCCUCAUAUAAAUAAAGCACAUUGAUUUCCUCAUCUUAAUUUCCUCAUUGGUUCUAGUCUGAUUCAGUACAGUGAUGGUUUAUAUAAUUUCAGCGCUGUUGAUCUGUGGCAUGGGUUUGCUUACAGUUGUCAAAUCAUCUCAGACAGCUAAUAUGUCAGCUCGACCAGGAGAUAAUGUUACUAUUUGGUGUCAACACACAGCAAAAACCGGAAAGUACAUACACUGGUUCAAGCAAACAAACAGUGCUGUACCUCUUAGCAUUGUAUACAUGAUGAUAACCUACCAGCUUAAGGAACUACAAAUAAAAUAUUUAAAUGGUUUUCAACCAGACCGUCUGGUGAUGUCUCUACACACCAAAAACACCUCCCUAAGGAUUAUAAAUGUGGAUAUUUCUGAUUCUGGUCUGUACUACUGUGGCUGGGACUCUAGGGUGAUCACAUUUGGUAAUGGAACACAUCUAGACAUUAAAGAUCACUUCAUUUAUUGUGCAGAGAGUGAAUGUGUUACACCACUGCAAAAUGAAACAGAAAUUUCAAAUAAAGAUCUCACGGAGAGCCCGAUUUCUACACGAGACUGUUCUGAAAACAUCUUUUAUAAACUGACUUUUAUUUUUGGUGUUAUUAUUGUUAUUCUCAUCAUCAUUCUGGUCUUAAUAGUCAUCAUUAAGAUACGGAACAGAAAAACACAGGGAAAAGACGCUGAUCGCCAUGUCACACAGCAUCAUGAGGAGCCUCAUUCAACGUUGUAUGCUGCUCUACAGUUCUCCAAACAGAAAACCAGAAGAGCAGCCAGACAUGCUGAGGAUAUAGAUGUUGUGUAUUCUGCUACUAGAUAGUCUAAAAAUGACACAUGGUCAAAUACUGUAGCAUACUGUUAUGUUUACAAGCUAUAUUUUCAUCAAGACUCUUAAUAUUUAUACGCUAUUGCUUAUGCCAUAAAUUUAAAGUGUAUGUGGGCUUUGCAAUGUGUAGUAUUUUUGAUGCUAUUAAAAUUAUGAAACAAUGUUCUAAUUUGAAUGUAAUUUAGAUCUGUUUAUAUAUGUAUCAUGAAGAUAAAACUAGGCCCUUACAGAAGAGGCAGGGGUUGUGAAUGAUAUCAUUUCCUAUACAGACCCUGACAGGAAGAAGCUGCUCAGUGUAGAAUGAGACGUGCUGAGGGGAACUUCAGCGGACCAGAUUACAAAGCUGAAAAUAUACACUUCAAAACAUAAAUUGUUAUAGUUAUAUCUUUCACAACAAUUUGUGAGCAGCAACAGUUUAUUGAUGAACAUUUUUAUAAUAUUGCUCAUGACAAUUAGCAGAACAUGCUUUUAAAACAAAACAUUGUGUGAUGUGUGUAGACCACUGAUCUAUAUAAAUGACAUUUAAAAAUGACAAGUAAAAAAAAAAAUUAAAAAAAA